CAGCAGCAUCAGCAGCAUAGCAUAGUAUCGUGUUGUUCAUGUACAGUGGUGGCACGGGGUGGGUGAAAGAGAAGGGGACAGUAAGAGAGACCUUAACAAGUGUAGCCUAGAAGGGGGGCGAUUUGUAAAAGAGAGACAAGAGGAGGGAGGAGGAGAGGCAGACAGGGAGACACGAGGGAGAGACCAGUGUGUCUGCAAGAGGAGGAAAAUUUGACUUGUGAAGAGAAGAUCCGCUUGCCUGACCUAGCAGUACAUGCUGUGCUCUAUGGCUAAUUCCGGCUGCCUCUUGCUCUCGAGCGCUGCUAUGAUUCCCCACUCCAUCUCUGGUCCUCCAGCAUUCUUGUACCUCCAACAGGGUAACCAGGACACCUCCGCCCCUCCUGAAGCAAUGGCACAACCAUACCCCCCUGCACAGUACCCUCCACCCCCACAGAACGGACUUCCAGCAGAUUAUACCACUCAGCACCCGAUCCCUACACCGGAUUACCCUGGCCAGACUACUGUGACAGAGCACGCAUUGACUCUGUACACAGCGGGACACAGUCAUGGGGAACCUCAGGGGAAUGAAGUCAGCACACAGUCUGUGACAGGGACACAGACACUUACGGACUACUACUUUCUGAGGGCAUGUAGCCAGGCAAGACUGAAGACAGACGAGGUAUCACAGACAGAGAAUAGCCAUCAGCUACAAUGUCAAGAGAGCACAGAGAAGCAACAGCCCAAGAGAUUACAUGUGUCUAAUAUCCCAUUCCGCUUCCGGGACCCUGACCUGCGACAGAUGUUUGGACAAUUCGGGAAGAUUUUAGACGUGGAAAUCAUUUUUAACGAGCGAGGUUCCAAGGGCUUUGGGUUUGUAACUUUUGAAACUAGCAUGGACGCAGACCACGCGCGGGAGAAACUCAACGGGACAAUCGUUGAGGGAAGAAAAAUUGAGGUAAACAACGCCACCGCUCGAGUGAUGACAAAUAAGAAACCUGUUAAUCCUUACACGAAUGGCUGGAAGUUAAAUCCUGUGGUGGGAGCGGUUUAUGGACCGGAAUUCUACACAGUAACAGGCUUCCCAUACCCACCUGCGGGAACCACAAUUGCAUAUCGAGGGGCACACUUAAGAGGCAGGGGCCGUGCUGUGUAUAACACAUUUCGUGCUGCUCCCCCUCCUCCACCUAUACCUGCCUAUGGAGCAGUUGUUUACCAAGAUGGAUUCUAUGGGGCAGAAAUAUAUGGCGGUUACGCAGCCUACAGAUAUGCACAGCCAGCAGCGGCAGCAGCCGCAGCUUAUAGUGACAGUUACGGCAGAGUGUACGCAGCAGCAGAUCCCUAUCAUCACACCAUUGGGCCUGCAGCCACAUACAGCAUAGGAACAAUGUGAGAACAUCUGCAGAACCAACCCCAUAACACACAGAGCAAAAACAUUUAACAGACUUCAGUAAAGAAAAUGUAAUCUGCAAACGAGUAAAAGAGGCAUCAACUAAUCCGUCCAUAUGCCCUUCACCUUCCCACUCUCAGCCCUUCUCACCCAGGCGUAGCACUACAUCCAGCCCCUAUUAUCCCCCUGUAGAGGGAGCGGGGACAGAGACUGCACAGAACAAGCUGGAUAAAGGGCCAGCAGCGUCCACUUCACAGCUUCCUCCCUCAUCCAACUACCCAAAUCUGCAAACUGAGCUUCCACCUCCCAGCUGAAUGGGGGGAUGCGGACAGCAGAGACGGGAAAGAUUAUGCCCGCCACAGGUCGCCGCUCUGCUUCCGACACUUGUCACUAUGCACCCAACCUUUUACAAGUCUCUCCCGAGCACCUGACUCUAGAAACAAGGCGGAUAGGACCCCAUAGACACUGGCAUUGCUAGGACAGCCAAAAGGGGGUGUCCAGUCACCAGUACCGUCGGGGGAAGCUCUGCACAGGAAGAACCAUUGUAACGGUCAGAAAGAGGAGUCACCGCUGGAAGCAUUUGCCUGCUUAAAGCAGCUUUAUUUUUUGUUUUUUCCAAAGGGCUUCCUCUUUUAUAUAUUUAUACGUACACCAAGAAAACAGCACUUUAAAGGAAAACCGAAAUGAAUAUUCCCUCUCCCUCACUCCCUAGAGACACACUAUAUUCCUUGUGGUCUAGGAAAAAAAUUAACCCACUGAUUUUGGGAAAUAAUCACUGAUAUACCAAAUGUGACCCGCCAGAGAGAUACAUAACUAACGUAAAGCAUUGCUACACUAUCAAGAACUACCUGGAGGAUUAUCCAUUAAAACUGAUGGAAGGAGAUUACCAAAUUCCAGGUAACAUUCUUAAAUUGUCAUACCAGCUAUCCCCAUCUUAGGGUCCAGAUAAGAUCAGUGAGGAGCCCUACAGCACUUCUGGACUCUCAUGAAAGCUGGGAUUGAAAUGACAUCAGUGUUUAAAUUAUAUGUCCUUAAUCCUACUGCAGGAUGUAUAUACAUAUAACCAUGUAAACCUACUGCUCUUAGAGCUUACACACCACCCCUGGCGCAUUAAAGGAUUUAGAAAGGCAACAAGGAUUCUGAGGGACUGGUACAAAGAUGACUCUACCCCUGCAAUGGGAGCCAAUAAGAGUCCUGUAUAUAUAUUAUAUUAUAGAUUAUCUAUACGCCAGGUAUUACCCUCUCAAUACCGCUUGCCACAUACACCAUUACGUGUUCACUUUAUACUCAGUGUGCUAUGAAAAAAAAAAUACUGUAAAAUCACAAGAAAACUAAAAUGAAAAACAGCAGAACAAACUUUUCUAUAUCAGGUGUAUAUAAAUAUAUAUUUGAUCUCCCUGCAGCUGUACAUGCAAUUAUUUUGCUCAAAUGUCCUGCUCUCCCACUCUGUAUGCUUCAAAAGUGUUAUUAAGAUUACCAGUAUAAUUAUUAUUAUUAUUAUUAUUAAUAUCAAGAUUAAUAAAGAUUUCUUUCUUCAACAAA